AUUCUGACCUCGUCCUAUGAAAGUAAGCUGUUCAAUUUAAUGUAAUUGUCUCAAUACUUUCUCCAUUUUACAAAGAUUUGGGGACGCGAAAGUUUGUCCCUAACAGGUUCCCGUAGCCUCGCGCAUUGGUUGCUGGGAUAUUGGGACCGUGAGAGAGAAGGAUGACCACAGCAGCACGGCCAACGUUCGAGCCCGCUCGCGGUGGGCGGGGCAAAGGAGAGGGCGAUCUGAGCGCGCUGUCUAAACAGUACUCCAGCAGAGACCUGCCGGGACACACCAAGAUCAAAUACAGGCAGCCCACUCAAGAUGCCCCUGAGGAAGUGCGUGCUCGUGAUUUCAGGCGUGAGCUGGAGGAGAGAGAGAGAGCAGCCAUCAAGAACAGAGAGAGAGGAGCGAGAGAACACACCUCCUCUUCCUCCUCCUCUUCUUCGUCUAAACGUCCUCGCCUCGAUCAGAUUCCCGCCGCAAACCUUGACGCAGACGACCCACUCACUGACGAUGGUGAGGACUCUGAUUCCGCCUCUGACAGUGAUGACGACACCGCCGCCCUGCUGGCUGAGCUGGAGAAAAUCAAGAAGGAGAGAGCAGAGGAGCAGGAGAGGAAGGAGCGGGAGCAGAAGGCAGAGGAGGAGAGGAUUCGGAUGGAGAACAUUCUGAGUGGGAAUCCACUGCUCAACCUCGCUGGGCAACAAACACACAUACCCACCACCUUCAGUGUCAAACGCAGGUGGGACGAUGACGUGGUCUUUAAAAACUGUGCUAAAGGUGUGGACGAGUCUCGGAAGGAGAAGCGUUUCAUAAACGACACACUGCGCUCCGAAUUCCACAAAAAGUUUAUGGAGAAAUAUGUCAAAUAAUCCCUAUGACCUUUGACCUUUUAUUCAGUUUCACUUUUUUUUUUUCUUUUUUUUUAAAUUGUUCUCAUGAAUUAUAUUUGUAUUUUGUUGGUUAUUGUGUGUAAUUAAAGCUUUUGAUCUCUUUA